CUUACGAGCGCGUUCACGUGAAAUCCUGUCACUGACUGUAUCGGUUACCGGCUGACAGCAGAAGUACCGAAGGCUCGGCCAACGCAGCUAGUGUGUGUGGCCAUCCCUGUAAAAGUACCAUGGCUUUCAGUAAAGGAUACCGGAUCUUUCAUAAACUGGACCCUCCUCCAUUCAGCUUAAUUGUAGAAGCAAGAAACAGAGAAGAAUGCCUUCUGUUUGAGUCUGGUGCAGUGGCUGUGCUCUCCUCAGCAGAAAAAGAAGCAAUUAAGAGCACGUACAGCAAAGUCAUUGAUGCAUAUGGGCUGCUUGGUGUGCUACGUUUAAACCUUGGAGAAACAAUGUCAUAUUAUCUUGUUCUUGUCACGGGAUGUAUGUCAGUUGGAAAGAUACAAGACUCAGAAGUUUUUCGUGUGACUUCCACUGAGUUUAUUUCCCUGCGAAUGGAUCCUAUGGAUGAAGAUCGGAUCUCAGAAGUGCGCAAAGUUUUGAAUUCAGGAAGUUUCUAUUUUGCUUGGUCCUCUACAGGUGUUAGUUUAGAUCUCAGUCUCAAUGCUCACCGUAGUAAUCAAGAACAAAGGACGGAUAACAGAUUCUUCUGGAAUCAGUCUCUCCAUUUGCACCUAAAGCAUUAUGGAGUAAACUGUGAUGACUGGCUGCUGCGUUUAAUGUGUGGUGGAGUAGAGAUUAAGACGAUCUAUGCAGCACACCAGCAGGCCAAAGCAUGCAUCAUCUCCCGCCUCAGCUGUGAGCGAGCUGGCACUAGGUUCAAUGUGCGGGGUACAAAUGAUAACGGUCAGGUUGCUAACUUUGUGGAGACUGAGCAGGUGAUAUACCUUGAUGACUGUGUAUCCUCUUUUAUACAGAUUAGAGGGUCUAUUCCUCUUUUUUGGGAACAACCUGGUCUUCAGGUUGGGUCUCACCGUGUAAGGAUGUCAAGAGGAUUUGAAGCCAAUGCUCCGGCCUUUGAUAGGCAUUUCCAAACGCUAAAAAGGCUUUAUGGUAAACAAGUAGUAGUAAACUUGCUUGGAUCGAAAGAAGGAGAAUCUAUGCUUAGUCGCGCCUUUCAGGGCCACUUAAAAGCAUCUGAACAUGUAGCAGAUAUACAGAUGGUCAACUUUGACUAUCAUCAGAUGGUCAGAGGGGGCAAAGCCGAAAAACUGCAAAGCGUCCUUAAACCCAAAGUGCAGAAGUUCUUAGAAGAAUGUGGUUUCUUUUACCUCGACAAGAGUGGAGUUCGAAGAACUCAAAGUGGCAGCAUCAGAACCAACUGCCUUGAUUGCCUGGAUAGAACCAACAGUGUGCAAGCGUUUUUUGGUCUAGAGAUGUUACUAAAGCAACUUGAAGCCCUGGGCUUGGCAGAGAAACCACAACUGGUUACAAGAUUCAUUGAAGUCUUUCGGUCUAUGUGGUCAACAAAUGGAGACUCUAUAAGUAAAAUUUAUGCUGGUACUGGAGCACUGGAAGGGAAAGCAAAGGUGAAGUUCUAUUUAUUUUGUUACAUAUUCUCAGAUGGCUCCUCAUCUCCGAGAGUUCUACAGAGUAUGUGUGAAAACUAUUAUAGGUAUUCCAAACCAAGGAAAAUUAGAAUCUGUGUAGGAACUUGGAAUGUCAAUGGGGGCAAGCAGUUCCGAAGCAUUGCAUUUAAACAUCAGACUCUAACAGAUUGGCUCCUGGAUGCACCAAAAAUUGCUGGAAUUCAGGAAUUCCAAGAUCGAAGAAUCAAGCCAGUUGAUAUAUUUGCCAUUGGUUUUGAAGAAAUGGUUGAAUUAAAUGCAGGAAAUAUUGUUAAUGCAAGCACAACAAAUCAGAAGCUGUGGGCUGCAGAACUUCAGAAGACCAUAUCCAGGGACAACAAGUAUGUGCUGCUGGCUUCAGAACAGCUUGUAGGCGUCUGCCUUUUCAUAUUCAUAAGGCCGCAACAUGCGCCGUUUAUCAGGGACGUUGCAGUUGAUACUGUGAAAACGGGUAUGGGAGGUGCAACUGGGAACAAAGGGGCUGUCGCGAUACGAAUGCUAAUGCACACAACUAGCCUGUGCUUCGUAUGUAGUCACUUUGCUGCAGGCCAAUCCCAAGUCAAGGAAAGAAAUGAAGAUUAUAUAGAAAUUGCUCGUAAGCUUAGCUUUCCAAUGGGGCGAUUGCUCUUCUCUCAUGAUUAUGUAUUUUGGUGUGGAGAUUUUAAUUAUCGCAUUGAUCUUCCGAAUGAAGAGGUUAAAGAAAUGAUCCGAAAUCACAACUGGGAUUCUCUUAUUUUAGGAGAUCAGUUGAUCAAUCAAAAAAACAAUGGACAGGUUUUUCGUAACUUUUUAGAAGGGAAAGUAAAUUUUGCUCCCACAUACAAAUAUGAUUUGUUUUCUGAUGAUUACGAUACAAGUGAAAAGUGUCGUACUCCGGCAUGGACUGACCGCAUUCUCUGGAGAAGAAGAAAAUGGCCUUUUGAUAAAUCAGCUGAAGAUUUAGAUCUUCUAAACUCAAGUUUACAAGAUGAAAAAAGUGCUCAAUAUACCUGGAAUCCAGGUAGUUUACUGCACUAUGGAAGAGCAGAGCUAAAGACCUCUGAUCACAGACCAGUUGUUGCUCUUAUCGAUAUUGAUAUAUUUGAAGCGGAAGCAGAAGAAAGACAGAAAAUAUAUAAGGAAGUUAAUUCAGUCCAGGGACCACCUGAUGGCACGAUUAUGGUCUCUUUAAAGAGCAAUGUACCAGAAGAUAACUAUUUUGAUGAUAGUUUGAUUGAUGAACUGCUCCAACAGUUUGCAGGCUAUGGGGAAGUCAUACUAAUAAGGUUUGUUGACAACAAAAUGUGGGUAACUUUCCUAGAAGGGAGUUCUGCUCUGGAUGUACUGAAUUUGGAUGGUGUUGAGGUGUUGGGAAGGAUAAUUAACAUUCAGUUGAAAAAUCCUGAGUGGAUCAAGCAGAUGGAAGAUGAGAUUAAUCUGGAGAAGAUAAGUGUGAAUUUGCCAUGUUCCACAAGCUCUACUUUACUCUGUGAAGAUGCAGAAAUUUCUGCAGACUUUGAUAUGGAAGGUGAUAUUGAUGAUUAUAGUGCUGAAGUAGAGGAAAUUCUUCCCCAGCAUCUACAGCCGUCUACCUGCUCCACUUUGGGUUCAUCACCCAGCUCUUCUCCUCGCUCAAGCCCUUGUCCGUCACCUACAAUGCCAGAAGGACCCCCUCCUUCUCUUCCUGUACGACCAAGUCGGGCACCAUCCAAAAAUCCAGGACCCCCUGUGUCCUCAUAUCAAGGCGGCUCUUGUGACUUUCAACCAAUAGUACAGCAGAAAGAGUCUGUUUCUUCGGGCCUAGAACCUAAACGCCCCCCACCUCCUCGACCUGGUGUGGCCCCUGCACGUCCGGCUCCUCCUCAGCGCCCACCUCCACCAUCAGGGGCUAGGAGUCCUGCACCAGCUAGAAAGGAGAUUGGAGGUGCAGGAGCUCCUCCCAGUCCAGGAGUAGCUCGGAAAGAUGUAGAAGCUCGUGGACAUCAACCUCUUCAGACUGCGCUCUCAGCCCCUCCUGCGUGUAAUUCUGUUAGACCGACAAUUCCUCCGCGUGCUGGCGUUAUUAGUGUUCCACAGAGCCUUGUUCGUCCGGUCCCAGCAAGAACGUCUGAAGCACCUGUCAAAGCAGCUGAACCUGCCAAAGUAUUAUUACCGGAGCCAAUGAAACCUCAGCUUGCUGUUCCUCUCCAACCCACUCCAACCUCCCAACCACCUUGCCAAAAGCUGCCAGAACCCAUGUUGCCUAUAACAGCACAAACCCCAUCUCAGGCACCUUCACAAAACACUCUAGAACAGCCGCCACAGCCUCCUCCGCGCAGCCGCUCCGCUCAGAAUUUGCCUUCAGAGCAAGCUGCUUCUCAGCAGCUUCCAACAAAUGGAGUCGGUGGCUUUAAAAGCCAUUUUGACAAUGAUCCUUUUGUGGACAUUUCAUUUGAUCAGUUUCAUAUUUCAAAGCUUCAAACGCCUGGUCACAUAUCUCCUGCUCCAUUGUUAAGCCAAAAGGAGUUGACUCAGCCAUCUUCUGCAAUAGAAAAUAAUGUGAAUGUCUUAAACAGUACUAGUCGCAUGCCCGCUCUGCCUCCUGUUCCAGCCCGUAGUGGAUCCCAAGACAAAAUGAGGAUUUCACCGAAUCCAUUUGUCAGCAAAUCAAAUACCAUCAGCUCAGCCAAUCCGUUCACUGAAAUAACAGCACAUUCUGGAAACCCAUUUAAAGUCCCAAACUCUCUAACAAUUUCUCAGCCAGCUGUGCAAAAAACUAUGUUAGAUCAAUUUGGUUCUCACAGUCAACCUGAGCUACAACAUAAUGAACCCAUGUUUACCAUUGGUGUAGUUGAGAAAAGUCUUUCUUUACCAAACAAAUUUUCCACAUUACCAGAUGCCAAUAAAAAAGGUUGGGUCACAUUUGAUGAAGAUCACUUUACUGCUAAAAUGGAAAAUUCCUCUGAUUUUGUGGCAUCCGAUAAUGCCAAUUCACAAAUAAACUUUGACCUGUCCGAAUACGAUAAAAACUUGAAUAAAAUACCAUCUGGCUCCUCAUUUACUUUGCCUUUAAGAAAGCCACCUCCACCACCACGUGUUCCAUUACGGACAAAAUCUGCACAGCACUCUAAUAGUUUUGCAGCAAGUUCCUCACUCUCAGAAUUUACUGAUCGGUAGUUUAGAAUUCUAAGCAUUUUAGGAUUCUGUUCUGUGCAAUACCUUAUAGUUCAAUAUGAAAUACAUAGCUAUUUCCUGAAAAGUAAAACAUAACCACUAUUUAAUUAAUUUGCAAAGUAUGUUUGCUUUUUUUGUAUAUUUUGGUCACAUUUAAGACACUUUUUUCUCACUCUAAAAGCCUAAAUCUAUUGUAAAUGUGUUACGUUUAAUAUCAUUGAAAUGAAAUGUAUGAAUAUAAUUGUUUUUCUCUAUAUCUAUUCAUAAUAAGAAAGUGACUAAUCUGUUUUCUGAGUUUAUAUGUGUUUAUAUGUACUUUAAAGCUUAUUUUUGUUCUCUAAUAUUAUGGCUAAAUGGUCAAAUGUUUCUAAAUUCAUUAACUUGAAUAGAAACCAAAUAUUUUAAUCAAAAUCCUAUCUGAAUCUGUGUUUGGAUUUAAUUUAGUAACUCUGAUUUUGGUUUCUCCUAAAGACCCUAUAUUGUUUGCUACCAUAUAAUACAGUCAGUUUAAACAUACUGGAAAUCUCUAGUUAAGUCUCCACUACAACCAGAAUAAUAGAAUAUUUAAUAAAUUCAUCCAAAAAUGUUUUAAACGGCAGCUUUAUUAUGUUGUGCUAUUAGUUUGUAGUGGAGGUUCAUUUUCAAAGUAUCUGGAAUUUCUUUGAAAUCAAGUGAUUCCCAAAUUCAAUUAUGGUCCAAAUAGUACAGAGUUUAAUCACUCUGCUGCUGGAGAGGGUUGAUACAUAUUAUUAUAUUAAUGUUAUUUGGCCAAUCAAGGUUAAAUUGAAGAAAACAGCCAGUCUUGAGAACGUUCUGUAGUUAUCAAGUGACAGUGGUUCUUACUGCACUUAACUACAUUUGCAGAAAUAGUUCAUUUUUAGAAGUCUUUUCCAAAUCAUGUUUCAGGUUCACAGAAUAAUUUAAAGCAAUUUGUUCUGUCCUUACCAUGGAAAUAAGUAGCGUAUUUACUUCCUUAUUCUUCCCUUUUUAUAUUAUUAUCUUUAAAGGAAUUUCUAUAAUUGGUUAAAAACUGUCUCAGCAUCUUUUAAAGGGGUAUACUACACUUUUUUGUUGUACUUGCUCUAACGUAAUUGUAUAUGCAGUUCUUUUCAAACAAGAUUAUUUAUACAAUUGAAAACCUUUAUAUUCUGUAAUAUUGAAGGUUCUCUUUUGGUUCUUUAACCACUUUUUCUAUAUUUGCUAAAUAAGGGACUGCAGUUAUUGGUCUGAAAUUAGCACUGAAUUAAUGUUUUUUUGUUUGCUUUUUUACAUUUGUAGAUGUUUUUGAUUUGUUACGUUAUUGUAUUUUUAUCUCCUAUCAGCUUUUGGGAAAAAGGACUUUGCAAUAUCUAUGUGUAUAUUGUUAGGUUUGUUUGCAACCAACAUAUUGGAAACUGAUGUUCUGAAUCUCAUGCAGUAAUUGUAAGCACUUUAAUGUUUGAUACUUAAUGCCACCUCCCUUGGGGCCCAAUGAUCAAAAAGCAUGGAGAGAAAUCCCUCAAAAGCUUUGGGAUUUUUUUAGACCUUAUAUUGUAAUGUACAGGAUCCUGCAUAGCUAAAUAAACCGCUCUCAAGCUGAAAUUUGCUAUUGUAGAAUUCUUUGAGGGACUUUAGAGUGCUGAUGAGCCUCUUUAGAUAAUCUCAUCAUAGAGAGCUUUUGGUCAUCGUCCCUAAGUGUCUAGUAGCAUGAGCUAGAUAAUCUAUGGGAAGGUUUAACAGUUACAUUUCUAAUUAGGCCAAAACAUUUUUAAUUUUGCAGAGCUUUUAGCAAUCUAAAAAAGUUGCAACAAACAAAAUGGGAUCUUUUCUAUUAUGUUGUCUCUUAUUUAACUUUUUUCUUACAGCUGAAUUGCAUAUAUAAGCACUUUGUUCUUUGUGUGUGCACAUAUGUCAGAGAAACAGGCAAUAUAAAUUAUAUCUACGUAUACUUAGAAUUAUACAUGUGUAAUGUAUUAAGUGACAAGCACCAGUAUUCAAGUUAAGUAAACUAUGUGCAUAUUUUUGUCUUUGAAGGAACAUAAUACAUUCCUAGACUACUGCUGCUGGUAUAUAUUAAUCUGAACCAACUGAAUUUUACGGGACUGAAGGUUUAAAAUGAAUUCUAGAGAGAUAAAUACUCUGCAUCUCACAACACACAUUUCACACUGAUUCUAUACUUGGGUCAUUUUCAGGCUUUCAUUUGACCUUUAUAGAAAACAGAUCAUGGAUAAACUAUCUUUUAGUUAUUGAUGCAAAAAGCACGUAAAAUAAUAUAAUAUAUUUAAACAGUUUUUAAGUGGAAUCAUUAUAGACAGUACUUUAUUUCAAAUCAAAAGGGGAUGUAGUGUAAUAUUUUAUAUUGUGCUUCUAUUUUGUUGUAUAUUUUAUAGAAAACCAUUUAUUAAAAUAGGCUGAUUGCUUCAAUGUGCAAAUAUAAAAGUGUGUGUCUGAAAUACAUAUUUUUUUCUAACUAGAUAUGUUUAGUAUAUAAGUACAUUGUAUACUUAAGUGUGCUGCUUCUGAUUGGGUAUUCUAAGGUCAUUGUCUAAUAUUAAUCUCAGUUACUAGUAAAUUUCCAUUAGCCUGUACAUAUCAUAGGAAGGCAAUAUUCAAUAAAGUUAAACCACGAACGCGAAAACAUUGGUAUUUAAUAUGGCUCUUAAAGGAACAUGAAACCCAAAAUAUUUCUUUCUUGCUUUAGAUAAGCAUACAAUUGUAAACAUUUUUCUAAUUUACUUCUUUUAUCAAUUUUGCUUUAUUCUUUUGGUAUCCUUUCUUGAAGGAGCAGCAAUGCACUACUGAGAACUUUCUGAACACAUCGGUAAGCCAAUCAUAAGAGACAUAUUUGUGUAGACACCAAUCAGCAGCUAGCUAGAUAUGCUUUUAAACAAAGGAUACAAAGAGAAUGAAGCAAAUUAGAUAAAAGAAGUAAAUUGGAAAGUUGUUUAAAAAUGUAUGCUUUAUCUAAAUCAUGAAAAAAAUCUUUAGGUUUCAUGUCCCUUUAAUAGCUGGACUUUUUAAAAACAUGUUUAAAUUUACUUACCACUUCCUGAUUCAUAGAUCAGUGUUCAACAUAAGUAAAUUGUAUUCGCAAGGGUGUAAAAUGCCCUGUAUCACCCAGCCAAAGUAUCAUACUCAUCUAACCCUAAUGGUAUUAACAUUUUAAAGCUUAGACAUAAACUUCACAAAGCUUUGGAAAUCUACUUUAGUGGCUGCAGGAUACGCCUUGGUAAACUUAAAUGUGUGUCUGAAAUAGAUACCCCAUGUUAUAUACGUAUUUUAAUAGGUUUAACAUUUUUAGAAUAUAAAAAUGUCCAGUUAAGUACUUCACAAUAUAUGAGAAAUAUCUGCUAGGAAGUUUUCCAGCAAAGUACAGACCAAAUAAUAUUUGUUAACCAACUGCUGAAUCUUUAUUAUUACUGCAAAAAGGGAUUUUUAUUAAACCUGGUUAGUUGCUUCUGUGAUAUGUGUUUGGUAAUAUAUACAGAAUAUUGCUGCAGUAUUACAUUUAUCGAUGCACAAUAAUCUGCACACUUCCUGUGAACUGUUGCGUGAUAUUGUUGAAAUAAAGAAAACUGUACAAAGCUUUA